AUGGCCAGAAUGCCACGUUCCAUGUUCUUAAUGCUUCUUCUUUUGGUAUUCCAUAUCGAAUCUGCCUUUGCGGACGAGAAUGAUGACUUUGUCAAUAAUCUAGUGACAGACCUGACGCCUCUGAUAGCACUAUUCGGCGAGAAGGUGGCUAUGCAGUUCAUGAGCGAGUCAAUGGGCUUGUCUGAUUGCAUAGCACUCGCAAUGGCUCCGAUCGGAAUCAUCACUACUAUCGUGAGUGCCAUCCGUGUUGGUGGUCCGAGGUGGAUGAAAGCAAUUAUCGGCAGGGCAAGAGAAAAUUUGUCUACAGCUGAGAUUGAACUCAUGUCUUCCACUUCGAAAGAAGCUUGUGAGUUAUGGAACGGUCACAAUUUGGUCCGCUGUCCCGGAUCCGGCCAAAUCUGGCAAUUUAUUUGUCUCGUACCGAAGGGUGAAAGGGAAGCCCCCGGCGAGGGGGAUUUCGUCAGUCUCGAGGAGGCUGUCACUUCUCAUCUCUUGGAAAAAACAGACAUCCGGGCUAGUUACAACCUGAGGACAAGCUUUGAACAUCUCAAAUUGCUUCUGUCCCGAAAGUUUUCAGGACCGAAAGUACAACAAAACUCGACAGAAAAUGACCUGGAGCGCGGCGAUACCUCCAGUUCAGAUGCAAGGCACACAGGGACUUGGGAUGCCAAAGGCGCGAUCAUAUCCAACAGGAGACAGCAUUCUGAUGGGAAAUGCUCCGCGAAGAUUGACGAAGCAGCUCGGAGCAUUGAAACCAAAACCAAAAACGAACCCUCUCGGCGAAUAACUGUGGUGAGAGAUUUGGAUGCAGCUGCUCCAAACAUCUCGUUGAAUUGUCGCUUCAAGCUGGGCAGGGCAGAGAUCAUCUCCGUAGCCACUCUCGGAACGCUUAUACAAAUUGGUGUCCUGGUUCUCUGUGUAAUGAUUACGCUAUACCCACCUAUUGCACCUCAAUACCUGAAAAACAACAAACCAGUUCAAAACUACGCUCUUCCUUUGACCAUAUGCGGGACCGUAUUGUUGACGAUCGGCAUCCUGGUUUGUGGUAUUGUGGUAGAGCAAAGUUCAACGGAAACGUACUUUAGAGCGAACGAGGACUAUUCCCUUUACAUCGUUUGGCUACAGCAGGGUAGUAUUGUUAACGAUCAAGAAUUUAAGCCCUUUGCGAUAUAUCCUGUCCGUGAGCGACCAUAUAUCGCCAUGUCUCGUCGGAGACCUGCAAAGGAGAAGAAAGGCAAGAAAAACAAACGACCCAAGGGUUCCAAACUAUCAGGACCUAACUUCGACAAUUUUUCUGAUGGGAAGGCGCCUGAACAAUUCAAAAGCAAUUCGGCCGAUGAGGUUCCUACCCUGGGGUUGGAAUCGCUCACUACGGCCGGCUGUUUCAUAUCACUUGUGGGAUAUGUUCUUCAGUUUAUUGGCCUACGUGGGAUGAAUUGGGUAGCCCCUGUUGUCCAACUUGGUGCCAUGGUUUUCAUGACUGGUCUAAGGGCGUGGGUUAGAAGGGGCCUCGCAGAAGCCCCUGCUAUCAUACCGCUCACUCCAGGGUUUGAGCUCGACUGGUUUGCUCACAGCUUAAGCAAUCACGAAAUUGCAAGCUGGAUCAAGCAAGAGAACAAGCCGCCCAAUGCGUCCGAGUCACAAAUUGACGGAGGAGAACCGACAAACGGCCCAGCGGGGGGGACGGUAACGGUCGAAGUCGAACAUGAAGAGGCGAGUUCAUUAAGAAAUCUUGCUUCUGCAACAGAUGCGGCUUCCAUAUCAGCUUCACAAGCAGAGGAUGCUGUGAUGGUUCGCCGGGAAUUGGGGAAGUUGGCAGAUUGGAGAGGACCCGCAUCGAAUCUGGCCAUACUUCUAUCUGACGCGAUAGAAGUAGUCGCAGGAGAUCUUCUGCAGCCUCCUUUAUGUAAAGACGCUUCCGGGAGUCAUACCAUUGGCUGGACAUAUGAGACGACUCUGGGUAAUCAGAAGUGCAAUCUCACUUUUAGUCUAGAAUACAAGGAUGGGGAGUGGAGAGCUCGUGCCGAUGAGCUAGAGGCGGCCAUGUCGUUGUGGUUAUCCUUCAUUCAGAGCCAGAAGCAUUCUCUUAGUGACAAAAGGCUUGAUGAUAGUGAUGGCUGGCUGCGCAUCAAGCGAACACGACAGCUUAAAUUACGGCUUUAUGGAACAGCAUCUAAGAAAUUUGCUCUCAUACGAGAUCUUCUUUGUUGGAUGCCUGAAAACAUUCCGGAGAUUCUCGAAUUAGAAGAGGCUUCCUCAGAAAGCGAGAAAGGAACAUUCGAGCGAAUUGCUCUUCCAAACUACCGCAUUGUUGGCUAUGAUAUGCGACACGAAUCCGUUACGAAAGUCGGCAACAGCGAAGGUUCUUUCAACGUCUUUCAUGUCACAGGUUCCUCUGCGAAAACGCCACUUGAGAGUUGGAAAGAGGCCACACAAAACGGUCAUUUUCAUACGCUAAAUAAGAGGACCCUGGCAGUCAAGGCUCAUGACAGCUUGGACAAGCUACUUGCCAGGGACCUCUUCUUUACGUUCUGCAGAUCCAUUGUCAAACAUCCCAGACUGGAGUGGGAAGAAAAAGACGUGGAUUUGAGCAAUGAGACUAUGGGCGACGACUGGCGCAACUUCAAGCUCAAAAAUGGGAUGUUGACAAAACUCAUUCAGAGAGUUACGAAUACCGGGUUUCUUGAUCUUCAAGAGGCUUAUUUUGAUGUGAUCACACCAUUGAGCCUGGAGAGCAUGUUGCCGGACAUUGGCUUUUUGGUUCGGCAUCUGCAAGGGCAAGCAACCAAAUGCGUCCUAGAGGGUCAAUGGCAAAACCUGGUAGGGCAGUUGAGAUCAAUUUUCGACCUGGCAUUAACGUAUGCUGUGGACGACAGCCUCAUGAGGCCAAGAAUCCUGGCUAUAUGUCAAUAUCAUCUUGAGUUGAUGGGUGCCAUGGAAGAAAUGGCCGUAGCUGAAAAUAGGCGAGAAUCUGUGGUUAUCGACGGAAAGAGAAAAGAGUUGCAAAAUUUCUACCGGAAGGUACUUGAAAACAUGAAGCUCACGUCGCUUUCGACUUUGAGUAGCGUAUUUGACGGCCAAUUUUCAAUUUGGAACCCCGUCUCAAACGCCCUUGACCUAUCCGGACGUUUCCGGAUACUGUCAGAUGACCAAAAAAGGUUUCGUCUUUCAGAAUAUCAUCUGACCGCGCUCGGAGUUGGAACUGAUAGUAGACGUAUCCCUAAGAUAGAAGGCAUUUUGUACCGAGAUUCUUUCGACUGGACUCCCAUCCAUUACUUGUCGGCUCUUGGACAUCAAGUCGCAUUCUUGCGGGGUAUUUUUGCGCAGUUGCCGAAAACGGAUCUUCGCGAUUGUUUUGGACUCACACCGUUGCAUUUUGCUUGCGCAAGGGGAGACUUCGGCACGGUGGAUGUGAUGCUCAAGCAGGGGGAACCAAUAAGUGUCGGGCAGGACAAUGGAAUGUCCCUGAUGCAUCUCGCCGCUUCCAGUGGCGAGCCUCGCAUAGUGAAGAAACUUCUGAAUCAAGCGAAGACUUCUGAUGUACAUGAUAGUCGAGUACCAUAUUGGCGGACCGGCAAGUUGGACACAUCACUUACCGAAGAGGCUUUCUACCAGAGAGCUCCAAUACAUUUAGCAGCAAUGAAAGGCCACCUAGAAAUAGUUGUUGAUCUUUUUAGGGGAGACUGGGGCCUCAAAGAUCUCUUCGGGUGGAGUUGUUUUCACCUGGCGGUUCUUUACGAACACACAGAGUUGGUCAGGAUCCUGAUUCGAGCAGAGCAUCCUGACAUACACAUCCCCGGUAACGAUAAUCGCACGCCGCUCCAUCUGGCUGUUGAUAAAAGAAACAAGACGAUCAUCCAAAUGCUUCUGAAUCGGAACGUUAAUAUUAAUACCAUGUCGUCAGAUGGAUAUCUGCCAUUCGCCCAGGCAGUUGAUGCAUGCGACGAGGAUACCAUCCAGAUGAUGAUCACUAACGGGGCCCGCAUAAAUGUUCAAGAGUCUGGACCUAAGAGAUGGUCCCCCCUACACUACGCAGCAAGAAGGGGUAACUUUAAUAUUUUGAAAUUGUUACUUACACAACCUGAUGCCACUCGCCGGGCUGCUAGAAUACAAGACAUAGAUGGGAACACUGCGUUGCAUAUUGCACUUGUCGUUAAUUGGUGUCCGAAUUUCCGAGACUUUAUAAAAUUUUUGCUGAGGAGUAUGGAUGAAAGUGCCAUUAACUAUCAGAAUAUGAGAGGGAAAACGGCAUUACAUAAAGCAGCCAGCAACGGGAAAGUGCUUGCAGCUAUCGAUCUUCUGGAAGCGGGAGCAACACCCAGCCUCUCCCUCAGGGAUGAAACAAACGCGACACCUCUGGACCUGGCAAGGGAGCGUCGGGAAAAGUCGAGAGAUCCUAAAUCUAAACUAAGUCGGUGGGACAAACUCAAAGGUUUCGAGAAGGCGGAAGACAUGGUCAAUGUGUUGGAGAGAUGGCAGCCAACGAGCACCACGGGGUAUUCGAGGAACCUACUCACCGCGUAA